GUUCCUGGUCACAGAGGUCCAUCUCCCGUUCCUUGCAGCGAGCUGAGACUUUACUCAGAAGCACCUUAAAUCCCAGUCUGAAGUGGUUGUUCCAUGACCGCAGUCAAGAUGAGGAAGAGGAAGAGGGACAUUUUGUCGUCGCUCAUAACCUGGUGUCCCGGUCCUCUGCACGUCUCCUGCAUCUCCAACAAGCUCUUCUGACUGUUGCACGCCAGUGGCAGCUUGUUGGUGGGGCACAGGUGCGGUCAGCCCAGGUCUGUGUUCGAGGCCUCACAGCAGAAGGCGGUGUUCUCCUCCUACCGUCCUCCCCCUUUGUGCAGGGGAACUACAGAGCUCUGUGGAGGCUCCUGGAGCACCGAUCCCUGCUGCUCUUCAUACACGAGUACACCAGGAGGGCUCGUCUAACAGCAGUAUAUGUAUCCAGAGUGAGCCACCUGCUGGAGGAUUAUUUGAAGAAACCACACCAGACCCCGUCCACCUGGUCUUCCUUCAGGCUUGGUCUUUGCUCUCUGAGCCAGGAGCUCCGGGUCCAUCUCAACCACUGGUCUUGUCUGUUCUCCAAAGUCCAGUCUGACCACUAUUUGAGACCUGCUCUGGUCCAGCAGACAGGGAUGCUGGUGGAAAUGAAACAUAAUCUGGAUUUACUUGGUCUGCAGGCACUGGUUUUGAUGGAGCAUUAUGUGUAUGUCAUUCUAUCUGCUGUAGCCCAGACUGAAUUAGACUCUGUACCAACAGAAGUCCUGGAGGAUAUUUUAGCAGGUGCAGAGCUGUAUAACCAGGCAGUGUGGGAGAGAGAGCAGCACAGCACCACCCAGCUGAGGACUGCAGUGUUACAACAGGCACAUUAUUCUACACUGGAUUCUGGUCUUCCAAACAGCAAAAGGCAUCACCCUGCUGCCUUCUCAGUCAAAGAACUGAUGAUGAUUUUAGCCGCUCAUCAUGCAGAGACAGCAGCCAGGCAGCUGAACAGCUGGGCUUCUGACCAGAGCUGUCACAUUUAUCAAGACCACACAAACUACAAGGCCUACACAUGUUCUGAUAGCUGUGGGACCUCUGCACUGAGAUCUGAGUGGACCUGGCAACAACUGCAGCAUGCUUACCUUAUCUCCUCUCCUCUGUUUUCUACGAAUAAUCACCCCCCUUUGCAGCCAUCACUUUGUCAAACCUGCCAUAAAACUCCUCCUGUUUACAUCCCUGAUCCUCAUCCGGACAGCACAAUCUUGGAAAUUCACCAUCCUGUAUUAGCCAAGCAACAUAGAACAGAGGGCUCAAACAAAGACCAAACGAGCCAGUGCCAAACAUACAUAUCCCAGACUGGAAUAGCCAAGACCAGUGUAGAAGCUUUAGUCUCAGUACAACCAAAUGUAAAAAGACAGAACCGUUUAGAAAACUGUAAACCCUUGCAGACCACUUCACCCCCUUCAUCCACCUUCCACCGUCUCUCAGCCCUGCCUCUGUUAAGGGUUUAUCAACAGGAUCAUUCCUCAGCAGAGCUACUUUUUCAGCUGCUGGUUUCCUCCACUGACCUGCUUGCUCCAUUGGCAUCACAUACACCUACACCAACUGCGCACCUGCCCCCAAAUACAAUAACUAAUGUGCUAUUACCAAGUGUAAAGACUGACCCAAUGACUUUAACUGCUCCAAGCAUAAAUACAGCUGAUUCAGUGGUACUGAAUAGACUUAGUACAGAACUGAACAAGAACCAACCUAUGGACGGAACUCAGCAGGAAUGGGCUGAACUAGAAAUGAUAACCAGGCCAGAAGCCACUGUCAGGUAA